AUGGUCGUCCAGCAGCACGUCCUGAACUGGCUCUACAGCGUCCUCACCAGCGAAUACCAGGACGUCAACCGAACCUACAACGACGUAGCCCAGGCCCUCUCCCAGUACCCUUCGCUCUCUCCCCGGACGGACGUUCACACCUUCGACAACGGCGUGUCCGCCCUGCUCCUCCACCUCUCCGGCACCAUUCCCGUCGUCUUCCGCGGAACCACCUAUCGCUUCCCUAUCUCGCUAUGGAUUCCGCACGCCUACCCGCGCGACGCCCCCCUGGGCUACGUCACCCCCACCGAGAACAUGAUGGUCCGCCCGGGCCAGCACGUCGAUCCCCAAGGCCGCAUAUACCACCCCUACCUCGUCGGGUGGGCCGAAUUCUGGGAUAAAUCCUCCCUCCUGGACUUUCUCGCCAUACUUCGAGACAUCUUUGCCAAGGAGCCUCCCGUAGUCUCGCGCCAGCAGGCUCGUGCCCCGCUACCGCAGCACGCUUCUCCCACUCCCACUCCCCCACCCGUACCCCCCUUACCUCCAGACAUGUCGCGGCACGCACCUCAGCAAGCUCCGGCGUUCGGCUUGCAGGAUUCGAGACCGCCGCUACCGCCUCCGAAAGGCAGCGAUCUGCCGCAAGUCGUGUCUGGUCCAACCACGCACCCGGACGCCCCCCCUCUACCUCCUCUACCAGACGAGCUCCGGCGGCGCUCAAGCCAGUAUGGCGCGCAAGCUGCAGCGACGACGACGACGCCGCCGCCGCCGCCGCCGCCGCCGCAGUCGAAUCGGUUCUCUAGAUACGACUCCGCACCCCCAUUACCGCCCCUGCAAGGACGUCCUCAAACCACGCAACCCUAUCAGCAUCCGCCUCCGAACAUCCCUUACCAACCACAGCCACAUAAUCAGCACGCUUAUCAGCAGGGCGGACCCCCCCCGCCCGAAUUUGCGCCGCAAGACUCCCGCCGCGCAUCGAUGAUAUUGCCGCCCGCCGCCCCUUAUACUACGACUGUUUCUCCUCCUGGGCCCGGCCCGUCCCCCUACGCCGAGCCGCCUCCGAACUGGCAACCCGCACCGCACCAACCUCUAGCGCAACCGCAGCCGAAACCGCCGCCUCCUCCCGACUUGAUGGACGAACCAUUUUCCCUCGCCCUCCCCUCGUCGUCCGCCUCGCACCUCGCCCCGCCGCCGAUCCCCCCGAACCCGGAGAAGGACAUGCUCCUCCGGCAGCUCGCGUCGACGCUGCACGACCUGCGCCAGCGCGCGCGCGCCCAGAACGAGUCGUCGCUCGCCGGGCUCGCCGCCCAGCGCGCGGCCAUGCUCGCGGCCAUGCAGCGGCUGCAGGCCGACACGGCGGCCCUGGCGCCGCUCUCGUCGCUGCUCGCGUCCAACACGGCGAUCCUGCAGCGGUCGCUGCGCGAGGCCGACCACGUGGCGGAGCGCGCGCGCGCGCGCGCGUCGGCGCCGCCCGGCUCCGGCCCCGGCCCCGACGGCGGGCCCCCCGACGUCGACGAGCUGCUCGUCGCCCCCACCGUCGUCGCCAACCAGCUCUACGACGUGGCCGCCGAGGAGCGCGCCCUCGCCGACGCCAUCUUCGUGCUCGGCCGCGCCGUCGAGCGCGGCCGCGUCGGCCCCGCCGUCUUCGCCCGCACCACCCGCGCCCUCGCCCGCGAGUGGUUCCUCAAGAAGGCGCUCGCGCGCAAGAUCGGGCGCGGCAUGGGGCUCGCCGGGUGUUGA